AUGUGCUUCUUCGUCGGCUACUUCUACGACGAAUGCCGCCACGUGCGGUUCGCACUCCACCUCUUCUGCGACGCGCUGUUCGCCCAACUACAGCGCAUCAACGACGCCGAACAGCGCGAGCUGUUCUGGCUGCCGUUCGACCCCGACCUCCCGGACUGCGAGCCAUACUGCCUCUUCAACGAGGAUGGCUUCCCGUUUUCCUCCGACGAGCCCGGCACGGGCAAUGCCCUCUGGUGGGUUUUCAACCUGUCCGAGGCGUGCCCGGAGUGUGAGAGGAUUCGGGAGAUGUGGGGUCUGUGA